CUCCCCUCAGCGCCUCUCCUCUCUCCCGGCAGAAAGUUAGCAGCGGGGAAGGAACUCGGGGCUGCAACAGCGCGCGGCGGCGGCGGCAGAGGCUGAAGCAGGAGCCGCGGCGGAGCCGGGGAAGCGGGGGCGCUGCAGACGGAGCAGGUGCCGCCGGCGGGUCCGCGCGCCCCCCUCGGUCCCCUUGCCUGAGGCUGAGGGGGGGGUGGUGGGGGGGCCACCCGGACUCGGCGGGCAGCGUGGGGCGGGGGGCCAUGCGGCCGGGCUCCCCCCUGGCGCAGCGGGACAGCGGCCAGGGCCGGGGGCGCAGCGGCGUCGCUUCAUGCAGCCGGGGCGGCUGGGCAGCGGCGGCGGCGGCGGCGGCGGCGGCGGGGGCGGCGGCUGAAACCAUGUCCGGGCAGCGCCGGGGGCUGCCGCCGCCGCCGCCGCCGCCGCGAGCCGGGAGCCGCGAUGGCCCGGUGGCCCGCACCUCCUCCGCCUCCGCCUCCGCCUCCACCUCUGGCCGCGCCGCCGCCGCCCGGCGCCUCUGCUAAGGGGCCGCCGGCGCGCAAGCUGCUUUUUAUGUGCACCUUGUCCCUGUCUGUCACCUACCUGUGCUACAGCCUCCUGGGCGGCUCGGGCUCCCUGCAAUUCCCCCUGGCGCUGCAGGAGUCGCCGGGCGCCGCCGCCGAGCCCCCGCCGAGCCCGCCGCCACCCUCUCUGCUGCCUCCCCCCGUGCGCCUCGGCGCCCCCUCGCAUCCACCCGCGCCGCCGCCGCUGGACAACGCGAGCCGCGGGGAGCCGCCCGAGCCCCCAGAGCAGCCAGCCGCCCCCGGGACCGACGGCUGGGGGCUGCCGAGCGGCGGCGGAGGCGCCCGGGACGCCUGGCUCCGGACCCCGCUGGCCCCCAGCGAGAUGAUCACGGCUCAGAGCGCGCUGCCGGAGAGGGAAGCGCAGGAGUCCAGCACCACCGACGAGGAUCUCGCAGGCCGGAGAGCGGCCAACGGGAGCAGCGAGAGGGGCGGCGCCGUCAGCACCCCCGACUAUGGGGAGAAGAAGCUGCCACAGGCGCUCAUCAUCGGGGUCAAGAAAGGAGGGACCCGCGCGCUGCUGGAGGCGAUCCGCGUACACCCGGACGUGCGGGCGGUGGGCGUAGAGCCGCACUUCUUCGACAGGAACUACGAAAAGGGGUUGGAGUGGUACAGAAAUGUGAUGCCCAAGACUUUGGAUGGGCAAAUAACCAUGGAGAAGACUCCAAGUUACUUUGUGACAAAUGAGGCUCCCAAGCGCAUUCACUCCAUGGCCAAGGACAUCAAACUGAUUGUGGUGGUGAGAAACCCCGUGACCAGGGCCAUCUCUGACUACACGCAGACACUGUCAAAGAAACCCGAGAUCCCCACCUUUGAGGUGCUGGCCUUCAAAAACCGGACCCUCGGGCUGAUUGAUGCUUCCUGGAGUGCCAUUCGAAUAGGGAUCUAUGCGCUGCACCUGGAAAACUGGCUCCAGUAUUUCCCCCUCUCCCAGAUCCUCUUUGUCAGUGGUGAGCGACUCAUUGUGGACCCCGCUGGGGAAAUGGCCAAAGUACAGGAUUUUCUAGGCCUCAAACGUAUUGUGACUGAGAAGCAUUUCUAUUUCAACAAAACCAAGGGGUUCCCUUGCCUAAAGAAGCCAGAAGACAGCAGUGCCCCGAGGUGCUUAGGCAAGAGCAAAGGUCGGACUCAUCCUCGCAUUGACCCAGAUGUCAUCCACAGACUGAGGAAAUUCUACAAACCCUUCAACAUGAUGUUUUACCAAAUGACUGGUCAAGAUUUUCAGUGGGAACAGGAAGAGGGUGAUAAAUGAGGCUAGAGAGGCAGAGAAAGGCUAGUCAACAGCUAAGGAGGCUCCUUGCCUGAGUCCUUGAAUACGCCAGCUUCUGCAGCUUCACUUGCUGGAGUGCCAAGUAGAUCUCCUCCUCCUUCCAUGCAGCCAGGAUUGCCUCCAGUGCUGUUAGCCUAGGCAAAAAGGUGGAUCCCACGGCAUCCCCAUGAAGGAACCAGGCCCAUCUGGGCAGCAGCAUCUGGUUGACCACAUGGCCACCAGAACCCACUGUUCAUUCUUAUUUUCUGCUAGUUAAUAUGGCCUGAAGACAGAGGAUAAAUAGCUGUCAAUGUCA